GUCAGAGUGUUGGCAGAGCUGCAGGAGAGGAGACGUCUCUCUGUUUCUCUCUGAAGACUAAUUCAACUGAAGACAAACACUGGUUGUAGAGAUGUCUGCUGCCAGCUGUCUGCUGACUGAAGAUCAGUUCCUGUGCUCCAUCUGUCUGGAUGUCUUCACUGAUCCUGUCGCCUUAUCAUGCGGACACAACUUCUGUCAAAACUGCAUCACUGAACACUGGGAUAGUAAUGUCUCCUGUCAGUGUCCCAACUGUAAGAAGGUCUUCAACACCAGACCAGAACUACAUGUUAAUACCUUCAUCAAGGAGAUGUCUGCUCAGUUCAGACAGUCAGCUCAGCAGAAAUCCAGCAGCAGCAGCUCAGAGAGACAAGUUUCCAAACCAGGAGAAGUUCCCUGUGACAUCUGCACUGGAACCAAAGUGAAGGCCCUGAAGUCCUGCCUGGUGUGUCUGGUCUCUUACUGUGAGACUCACCUGGAGCCUCAUCGGACCAUGUCACGUCUGCAGAAACAUCAGCUGAUGGACCCUGUGGAGAACCUGGAAGACAGGAUGUGUGAGAAGCACGACAAACUGCUGGAGCUGUUCUGUAAGAAUGACCAGAGGUGUAUCUGUGUGCUGUGCUCAGUUACAGACCACAAGACUCAUGAUGUUGUUCCUCUGGAAGAAGGAUAUGAAGGAAAGAAGAAUGAAAUUCAGCAGAUGAUCCAGAAGAGACGAGUGAAGAUUGAAGAGCUCAAACACUCAGUGGAGCUCAGUGAUGAGAACGCAGACAGAGAGAUGGCAGAAGGUGUUGGAGUCUUCAGCGCUCUGAAAGAAUCUGUAGAGAGACGCCAGGCUGAGCUCAUCAACAGCAUCAAAGAGAAGCAGAGAGAGACGGAGAAACAGGCUGAAGGCUUCAUCAGAGAGCUGGAACAGGAAAUCUCUGAGCUGGAGAAGAGACGUGCUGAGGUGGAGCAGCUCUCACGCUGUGAAGACCACCUCCAACUCCUCCAGAACUUCACGUCUCUGAACGCUGCUCCACCCACCAAGGACUGGACUGAAGUCAGAGUCCAUCCACCUUCAUAUGAGGGGACUGUGGUGAGAGCUGUGAAGCAGCUGGAGGAGACCAUCAGUGAACAGAUGAAGAAGCUGAUCUGUGAGGUGGAGCUGAAGAGAGUCCAGCAGUAUGAGGUGGAUGUGACUCUAGAUCCUGAUACAGCACAUCCCUGGCUGAUCCUGUCUGAUGAUGGGAAAGAAGUCAAACUUGGUAUCUUAACAAAGAAACUCCCAGACGCUCCAGGGAGAUUUGACGUGUGUUUAAAUGUGUUGUCAAAGCAGAGUUUCUCUUCAGGCAGAUUUUACUAUGAGGUUCAGGUUAAGGGGAAGACUGACUGGGUUUUAGGAGUGGCCAGAGAGUCGAUCAACAGGAAGGGAAAAAUCUUGCGGUCUCCUCAGAGAGGUUUCUGGACAAUAUGGUUGAGGAAUGAAAAUGAGUACGAAGGUCUUGAUCACCUUUCAGUCCGUCUCCCUCUACAGUCUGGUCCUGAGAAGGUGGGGGUGUUUGUGGAUUAUGAGGAGGAUCUGGUCUCCUUUUAUGACGUUGAUGCUGCAGCUCUGAUCUACUCCUUUACUGGCUGCUCCUUCACUGAGAAAAUCUACCCAUACUUUGGUCCUGGUAUCAACAAGAGUGGUAAAAACUCUGCUCCUCUGAUCAUCUCUCCUGUCAGUCAUGAUUAGAACGAUUACUCUUUUCUACACUAAGAUUUAGCAUUAUUUUAUGUAAUAAUGUACAUUUUUGAUCACUGAAAACCAUACAUUGUUGGGUAUUUGGAUUCAAACCAGUUUUCUUUCAAUUCUUCUUUUAAUGCCACAUUAUUUCUCUCAACUCAGUUGAACCAGUUUUCCUGCAUUCAUCAAUAUAAUCCAUUCUGAUAACUGUUUUAGUGCCUUUCUGUCUCUUAAAUCCUCCAAAAACCAUGUACUCAGAAACAAACAGCAUGAUCAUGUAAGGCAGUAACUAAAACACACCGCUAGGUGGUGGUGUAGCACUGCAUGUCGUUCUGCCGAGCCAAGCAAUUCGAGUUGUUUGUCCCUUUUCGGACACCGUAGUUUACCGUUGUUCUCCGGGAUGGCUGCCGUGUUUCGCGAAGGUUUCUCUUUGUUGCUGACGUGUAAGGUUACACUGAACUGAAGUUGGCAACAAUUUAAUUUUAAGUCUCCAUCACAACUACGACCCCUGCUGUCUGGCUCAUCUUCUCUUUGCAAGACACCCUGCACCCAAAAACACCUAGAAACACAACGCAGAGCUACACAGGGUUUGUGGAGAGGCGCCCCAUGUAGAGCAGACAUGCAGAGCUUAUGGGUUACUAACACAUAUCUGAAAUGUCUGUCUGCUGAAUGUCAAACAUUUUGAUUCUUUGAUGGAUGUAAAUAUGUCAAGUGUUUCAUACUGGCACCAAUAACUGAAGAUCAGUCUGUAAAUGAGACAACCUGACUGCUAUGUUUGACAUUUGAAAUAAAGGAGAUAAUCAAC